GUUAAGGAAGGUAAUUCUGAGAUGACAUGUCAUGGAUGUGGAAAGGUCGGUCACAUUAGACCUAACUGCCCCGACAAUCCGAGAAAUUAUAAGAGUAAAAGUAGUUCAGUUAAAGUUAAUUUUGUCUUUGAAACUGAGCUGACUCCAAAGAAUUGUAUGCUUGAUCCCAAUGGCUAUAUUUGAUAAACCUGCGGAGGUGAUGCUAGAUUCUGGAUGCUCAUCCAUUAUUGUUAAGGAGUCGUUAGUUCCCUCCAAAUAUAAGCUAGGUAAAUUUGUGAAAGUGUACGACUAUUUAGGCAUUCCUAAUUAUUUCCCGCAAGUUAGAUGUCUUAUUAAAAGUAAAUUUUAUACUGGUUGGACAAAAGCAAUAGCAGCUCCUAUAAAAUUUGCCGAUGUUUUAAUUGGCCUUAUUCCAGGUGUGAAAUUGCCAACUGAACCCUAUCCUCCUGAUGAUCCAAGCCUUCCUGUACCUGAUAAAGCUGACCUUCCACCCUCAAUCCUUCCUAACCAUCUUGAUGCUAAGGACCCAAGCAGUCUGAUUCAUCCUGAGACUUCCUCUCCUAUCCUCACCCCCUUUAUUGACAACCAGGAUUUGAGAGAACUUCUGAACAGGUUGCGGUUGCAUGGUCUGACGGCUGGGAUCAGUAAGUGCUACUUUGGUUAUCCCAAGAUCAAAAUACCUUGGUUUGCUGCUCGGAGACAACGCCCUCACUCCCCUUGA